AUGACUGAACCUUUGUACUCCGACUUCAAUGGCCCCAAUGCCAAAAGUAACAGCCAAGCACUGCUCCGUGGUCUCUAUGAAGGCGAGACAGCGGAUCCUUACCUGGUGUCAUUCCUGGACCAUUGCCGACGGCCGGAGGGCUUGGAAGAUCAGCCACUGGAAGUGGAUCUGGAGGACCAUGUUAGCUUCUGGCGUAAGAUGGGGGAACACAAAGGUUCGAAGCCACACGGCUUGCAUAAUGGCCAUUUCAAAGCGGGAGUAGCAUUCAACUUGCUGGCCUGCUGCGACACCAUCUUUCGCUCCAUCCCUUUUGCCACAGGUUUUGUCCCAGCCCAGUGGUGCCACUUGCUCAACUUUGCAAUUGAGAAGAAACCAGGCAAGAUUCGGGUGGACCUCAUGCGCACAAUCCAGAUGAUGAAUUCGGAGCUACAGGCCAACAACAAGAGAGUGGGGAAAUCGGCCAUGGCCUACGCAGAGAAGCACAACUUGAUCCCAAAAGGACAACAUGGGUCUCACAAGCGCCACCAGGCCAUUGAUCUGGCCCUUACAAAGCGUCUCACUUGGGACCUCUUGCAUCUUCAACGCCGCCCGGCCGGGUGGAUCUCCAACGAUGCCAAGUCCUGCUUUGACCGGAUUGUCCACUGGGUGGCAAUCAUUAGCCUCAUGCGCUUUGGGAUCCAAUGGCGUACCCUUCGCUCCAUGUUUGAUACACUGAUGAAGUCUAAGCACCGGGUGCGUACGGGGUUUGGCGAUUCAGACCGUGUCUUUACUCCUCCAACCCUGAUUCCAUUUCAAGGAUGUGGACAAGGCAAUGGGGCAGGACCUCCUAUCUGGGUUGCAAUUAGCUCCAUUCUCUUGGGGAUGAUGAUUAGCAAAGGCUUUGGCUUUGACUUUCUGAUGUCAAUCUCUUUGGCUCCACUCUUGGCCGAUUGCUUUUGUUUCGUUGAUGACACUGAUGUCUGCCAAGCGGCACCGUCUCCUGACCAAUCUGGGGAAUCUAUCGUCCCAGAGGUGGCCAAAGCACUGAAAUGGUGGUCCAACGGCGUCCGCCUUACUGGUGGCGCCAUCCGACCGGAUAAAUCCUUUUGGUAUCUGAUUGACUUCAAGUGGAAUGCCCGACAAGGUGUAUGGAAAUUCCGACGGAAGGGGGAUUUCAAACCAUCUCUUCUUCCCACAAUGUCGGAAAUUGCGGUUGAACUGGAUGAUCUGGAUGGCACUCCAGUGCAUCUACGGUGGUUGGAACCGGACGAAUCGGCAAAGACUUUGGGUAUCCUGAUGUCUCCCUGCACAAACAGGAAAGCACAACUUGUGGUGAUGCAGGGAAAAGCAAAAGCAUGGGCGGAUCAGAUCCAACCUAGCUUCCUCCACCAAUACAAUGUCCUUCCUCUCCUUCGCACCACAAUCCAGAAGACUUUGGAGUACCCCAUGGCGCUCACCUUCUUCUCCCAACAGGAGUGGGAUCAGCUCCUAUCCCCAGUGCUCAGGGCGGCACUUCCAAAAGCUGGUAUCUGCCGCAACUUUCCUUGUGCUAUGGUCUAUGCCCCAUUGCACUCCAAGGAGUAG